GAUAAUAACAGUUAACAGCGCCGACUGAGCUGUGCGCACCCACAGUGCGCCGUCCAGCGGCAGAAUGAGAGCCCAUCCACUAUAAAAGCAUCCAGUCCGGCGGCUUUGCUCUUCACAUUCUCAGGAUGAAGAGGCUGACGGAUCGUGUCAGUAUAGGCUGAUGCAUUUUCAUAUCCCCCUUCUUCAUUUAUGUUAUUUAUUUAUGUAUUUUUAAUUAUGGGUAGCUUAAGUUUCCAUUUGGAGAACCGAUAACAUCUGAGCGGAGAGUUUUUGGAGACCAUAAAAGCAGGAGGACGAAGAUGGGGAUUUUUUUGUCUCCACACCUGUGCGCUCUCAGUGUGGAGAUUACUCUAACACAAAAGGACGCUGGAGACCUUUCUUAAAAAAAAUAAUAAUAAUAAAAUAAAAAAAAAAAGUGAGUCGAUAUUUCUCUGCACAAGCAUGCAGAGCAACAGCAGCUCCCUCGGACCCACCACCGGGCUGAGUGAGUGCGGGGGGCAGGAGGAGGAGAUAUCCGAGCUGGUCAGCCCGACAGGAGCAGGCUCCAACCUCCCGAUGUUCAACCUUUCACUCAACUGCUGGCUUCUCAUCCUCUCCAAGGAGUCCUCCCUGGAUCUGCAUGGAGACAGCGCCAACCUGCCAGUGCGAGUCGUCAUUGCUCUGGUCUACCUGGUGGUGUGCGUCCUGGGACUGGUGGGGAACCUUCUGGCGCUCUUCCUCCUCCACUCCCGCCGCCGGGGCCACCACCACUCCGCCAUCGACUGCUUCGUGAUGAGCCUGACCAUCACAGACCUCCAGUUCGUCCUGACCUUGCCCUUCUGGGCCGUGGACACUGUGCUGGACUUCCGCUGGCCCUUCGGCCGCGUCAUGUGCAAGAUCGUGAGCUCGGUCACCACCAUGAACAUGUACGCCAGCGUUUUCUUCCUCACGGCGAUGAGCGUGACCCGGUACCACUCCCUGGUUACGUCCCUGAAGAUGAGCAGCCCCAGGAUCGCCAUGGCCCGCGCCAAGUGGGUCAGUUCGGCCAUUUGGGUGGUCUCUCUGGUGGCCACGCUGCCCCACGCUUUCUACUCCACCACCGUUCAGGUGUCUGCAGAUGACGAGCUCUGCUUAGUUCGGUUUUCAGACUCUGACUCAGGCCACUGGGAUCCCCAGGUUUUGCUCGGGCUCUACCAAAUGCAGAAGGUCCUGCUAGGAUUUGUAGUUCCCCUGAUCAUCAUUUCCGUAUGCUACCUCCUCCUGCUGAGGUUCAUUCUGAGCCGGCGCAUUGUGGGCAGCUCGGUUGCCAACGGCAGCGGCACGGACAAGUCGGAGCAAGAGAGAGGACGCCACCGCAAACGCUCCAAAGUUACUCGUUCCGUCACCAUCGUAGUCCUGUCCUUCUUCAUCUGCUGGCUGCCGAACCAGGCUCUCACCCUGUGGGGGGUGCUCAUCAAGUUUGACCUUGUGCCCUUCAGCAAGGCCUUCUACAACGCCCAGGCUUAUGCCUUUCCGCUGACUGUGUGUCUCGCCCAUGCCAACAGCUGUCUCAACCCAGUGCUCUACUGCCUGAUCCGAAGAGAGUACAGGGCCGGACUGAAGGAGCUCCUUCUGAGAGUUUCUCGUAACGCCCGGAACGUUCUUUCUCUGGCUCUGAGAGGAAGGAGAGUGGAGGAGGCACCUCCCAGCACGGUUGUGAUGCACAAAGACAUCAAUAUGUGAUUUAUUUUGUUGCUUAGACGAUUGGGAAAGCUGUGAUUACAUUAUUUUUUAUGAUAAAGAGGAUAUCUGAACAACAAACAAAACCUAAUUUGUCAAUAAGCCUUAGGGGUUGACAUAGUGUAUUUUGUUAACUUUGGAGACAGCCAGGCUCUUUGUUUUCCCCCAGUCUCAUCUCAUCCUCCUCUGUUGGUGCUUGACAUUUCAAAUAGGUUUCCUAGCAGCUUGUGAAACAAUAACUGGUUUAAUACUUAUUGGAUAAUUCAAUCUAAAAGUAGGCUUAGCGAGAGGGAAACAAUCUGGUCUCAAUUAAGAAAGAAAUGCCCAGCUAACGUAUUUAAAGCUAAUUGGCAUCACCAAUCACUACCAAUCGUUUUCUUUUUGCGAGCCAGUGAAAACCGACAACAAGUUAUGCUUCCAUACAAACAUUAAAGCAGCAUGUUGCAGACACAGAAACUGACAACAGCUUAAAGGGACAUCUAAAUAUUGCAUUUGUCACCACUAUUAACGUCUGUCCAAAGUGGAUUUUUGGAAAAGAAAACACAGGAUGUGUUAAAGUUAUCUUCUCUAACAAAAAGACCUAAAAAAUUGGCCUAAAAAAAAUAUAGGAUUUUGAGUUACUCUCAGGGACAGAAUUGAACAAAUCUCUAUGGGCGACAACCAUCUUAUCGUUUUAUGAUUGUAGUAUAGUAUUGGCCACUGAUCAGGUUUUUCUUUAUCCCAUGUACUGAUUCAGGUAACGAAUCUGUGCCAAGAAGGGAUUCAGUCAGAUACAUCAUUAAAGUCAUUUAAAUGAUUAAAAGAGUUGUUAGCUUUAAAGCAACAACGAAAGACAACAUUUCAUCUGCACAUAUAAGGUCUGAAAAAGCACAGUGAGUGUGUUCAUUCACAUUGCAUGUGCUGCAGGAUCGUUCUUCCUGAAAGCCACAGAUAUGUUUUGACCAACUAAGGUUUCUGUUGCAUAGCGACAACAGAAAGCUAGCGACUAGCUAGGCUAGCUAAUGAUCUUCUUCACUCAAUUCAUCUUUUACUGAAACAUGUUAGUGUUAGGCUAACACUAACAUGCUUACUCCUUAUCUUGACUUGACUUGUAGACAAUUUAGGUAGAGAUUUGAGUGUUGUUCCAGUUGCACUUGUGGACAGCCUGUGUUAUAUUUUAAACACCAUUAUAAAUGGAAAAGAUAUUUUGACUUUCAAGGGAAACCCGUGUUUGUUAUGUCAGCAGAAUCGACUGUACAGCCUGUAAUAUAUUUUUGUGGAUCAUUCACACAAAACAACUUAAUCACAGAAAUGCAAGCUGAUCUCGGGGGCGCCACAUGGUAGAUCAAGGACAAAAUUGACAUAUUUUUCUGGAAUGCAAUUUAGCUAUAAAACUGAAUAAGGUGACAGAUAAAGCUUUGCCUCUGCUGUUGAUUUACAGUAAGAACAAAAGAUGAAAUGAUCAAACGCACAGUUUACCGUUUUAAAGAAAACCAAAUUCUGUGAUUUAGAAACCACCUGCUUUGAAGUGACAUUUGAUCAGUGUUUACUGAUCCAGAUUUAUAUAGUGUGAGUAUCACACUCUAUGAAUAAAUACUUUCACAAGAUGUCAUGAGACCUGACUUAGUUGUCAGCACACAGAAAUGUCCUUGUUAUUAUAACAACAUUAAUCCUAUAAGCCCAACAGAGCCACGUUUUGUGGCGCAUUGUAGCUCAUAGUCUUGCUUAUUCCUCCCCACAGUUUUGUGAUGAAAUCUGAGCUGCUCUUUGUUGGAUUUAAUGUUCCCCUUUGUAAAGAAAUAAAAAAGUAAAAAAACAAACGGAAAAAACAACAAAUCUGCUAAAAAAAAAUCUGAAUAAUCAGCAGAAUUGAUACCCUCUCUAACAGUUUUGCUUGAAGUCACAUGGACAGAAAACCAUAUUUCCUGAUGUUUUCCUUUCUAACUGUUAUUAUUUUGACUAAGUUCACGCCUCUUUCACCCCUUUAGAACCGUCGUGAAAUAGUUGAAUUUCAGUGACACACUCCGCCACUCCCUUGUGCAGUGAAACAACAACGCCUGAUUGGUUGCCAAUCUGUGUUUCACACUGCCGUUCAUAACUGUCGCUGUCGUCGGCUCUGUUGUAUCGAUGUGAAUAGUUUUGGUGAAUUCACGUAUGUUAUUGUGGCAUUAAAUAAAGCGAACGGACAAAAGAGUUCACCGACGUUUCGACAA